UGUAGGUCACACUAUACAGACAGAUAUACACUAGAUGUCUCUUUUCUAAUUUUAUCAAAUUCAGUGUAUGACUAAAACAACGCAUCAUAUUAUUUGACCAUCAUUAAGAAAUAAAAAAAAAAAACGAAACGUACUUGAAGAAUUUCGUUGUUGUGACUUUUGUUUCAUCUGAAUCAUUUUCAUACUGAUAGUUUUUCUAAUUUUUGGUAUAUAAACCUAAGUUCGAUCGACGGAAAGACAGAGUUUAACUCACUUCUCAACAAGAAAGAACAAAUCAAAUACAAAAUGCGUGCCUUUGUUGUAAUGUGCUUCGUAGCUGUGGCUUGCGCCGACAAAUUGGGUUACAAUUACCAACCCGUUGGUCACUCUGACAGUGGUCUUUCAUUUACACCCGGCUCUGGAUCCCUUGGUGGUGUCGGUGGUGGCAGCCUCGGCGGUGGCAGCUUCGGUGGUCUUGGUGGUGGUAGCCUAGGCGGUGGCAGCCUUGGUGGCGGUUUCGGCAGUGGCAGCUUCGGUGGUCUUGGUGGUGGCAGUCUCGGUGGUGGCAGCCUCGGUGGUGGCAGCCUCGGUGGUGGCAGUCUCGGUGGCCUUAGUGGCGGCAGCCUCGGUGGUGGCAGUCUCGGUGGUCUCAGUGGUGGCAGCCUUGGUGGUGUCGGUGGUGGCAAUGAUGGUGUCUCUUAUGAAGCUCCUUCAUACACUGCUCCCGCUGAAUUGGAAAAGGAAUUCUACACUUUCUCUGCUCCCGAAGGUGAAUUCGAUGAUGCCAACGCCGCUCAAAAGAUUGCCGGUAGCGUGAAACAAGGUCUCCGCGUUAUCUUCAUCAAGGGCCCCGAAAACAAGGGUCUUGAAAAUGCUGCCCUCGCUUUGGCCAAACAAGCUGCCGAACAAAAGACUGCCAUCUAUGUCCUCAACAAACAAGCCGAUAUUGGAGAUUUGGCCAACAAACUCAAUGCCAUCAACAAGAACAGCAACAACAAACCCGAAGUACACUUUGUCAAAUACCGCACUCCUGAAGAUGCUGCCAACGCCCAAAAGGCCAUCCAAGGCCAAUACGAUUCUUUGGGAGGUACUUCUCAAUCUCACAACGGUGGUGUUGCUCCCGUUCUUAACUUCGCUUCUCAAGCUCCCGUCCACUCUGCCCCUGCUCAUGCUCCCGCUAACGCUUACUUGCCCUCAUCAGUCUUCCGUAACUAAGAUUGAUUUAGUUUGAUUGAUAAGUGUUUUAUUAUUUUAAGUAAUUUUAAACACGACUGAUUUGUUAAAUUAUGUUUUGUUGACUACUGAGUAAUCGAUUUCGAAUAAAAAUUAUUGUUAAACAUUUUAUUUAAAAAAAA